CAGCGACUCGAGCUCUCGCGCCCGCACCAAAGGGCACGCGCCACACUGACGGAGCAUGACGGAGUAAGUGAAGUACUCUUGUAGAAGCAAUCCGCUCUCUUCCAUCACUCCUACCCAGCCGCCUUUUCUCUCCUUCCGCAGCACCCCGCCUUUUGCUCCACUCAGCACACUCGCAGUCCACCAUGGCCGACCGAGACUACAAAUCCGACCGAGACUCAAAGCAGUCCACCUUCGUGACCGAGUACUCAGAGGAGGAAGUCAAGAAAGCUCACGACGUGCUGUACAAUGAAGGUCUGCGCAUGCGGAUCAAAGUGAAUGGGGAAUCGUAUGUGCGCAAGGCGUUGGAGAAGAGCCAUGACCCCUUCAGCAGGCCAAUGCAAGAGUACGUGGCCGAAGCCUGCUGGGGCUGGGUAUGGUCUCGACCAGGCCUCGAGCUCAAGACUCGCUCGUUCCUCAACAUCGCCAUGCUCUGCUGCCAGAACCGCGGCACGGAGCUGGCAACACACGUGAAGGGUGCACUGACGAACGGGGCGACGGAGGAGGAGGUGCGCGAGGUCAUCCUGCAGGCCACGGCGUAUUGCGGGAUGCCGGCGGGCAUCGAGGGAUUCCGCGUGGCGGGCAAAGCGGUCAGUGAAUGGAAAGAGGAGCAGCAUCGACAUGGACAUCAUGUCGAUGGCCAUGCCGACAUUGGCAUGGAGAUGCGGACGCAGGAGCACGACGUGUAAGCAGCGCGGGCACACAGAAUGUCGCGGAUGGGGCGGAUGGAGCUUCAUGCGGUGCGUGGGUUAAUGCGGGUUCGUUACGGCCAUCAUCAAUCACGCUCUUUUGCUUGCGGCAACCGGCCUCUACGCUACAUUUUCCUCGUCGGUCGUCGGUACAAGACGUCUACGUACUGAAGAGUGUUUGAUGGCGGAUGCUCAUAAGGUUGGAUGCGCUGCAUACGUGGGCAGGUGUUUGAAGUGUGGUAUGACCAGCAUCAUAUUAGAUGAAGUAUUGGAUCAUUCCAAUCACUAUAUUGAUGCCCACGUCGAGGUAGACGCACCGGUCAUAUCGAGCCCACGUGAAACGACAAUUGGUCGGUACCUGAACGUGCAAUCGACGUCAAAAAUGGGUCUGUGCUUCCUGCGAAU